AUGGAGCACAACACCAAUUCCACCGCCACCUCCGAGACCGCCAUAAACCCGUUUGCAGACCCGGCCGGUCCGGAGUCUUCCCUGGACGCAUCCGCUGUGCUGACCGUCGACCGCAACGCUACCCUCACCCUUGGAACCGAUUCCCUCAUUGUCCUUGACGAAGGAUUACGGCAUAGAAGAGCAGCCGAGAAUUGCUGUGGCCUGCUGCCGCAAUUCUCAAAGACCACCCGAGCUGUGCCUUUCCACAACAUCCUGUGGGCGGAACUCAGUGAUUUUGAUGUCACGAUCAAAUAUGCACAACCCAUCGGCCGUAAGGGAAAGGGAUGUAGAGUCGGCUACAUCAAUUACAGUGUGACGGAUAAGAGUCUGCAUGCCCAUGCCAAGCGAUGGAUGGAGAAGUUGAUGGAGAGAUCAUAUCCUUCCACCACAAGGAGGAAGAAGAGGAUAAAGGUUCUUGUUAAUCCUUUCGGUGGUCAAGGAUAUGCGCAGAAGCUGUGGACAAGGGACAUCGAGCCUAUCCUUUCGGCGGCGCACUGUGAGCUGGAUGUGGAGAGGACUACGUACAGAGGACAUGCGAUCGAGAUUGCGGAGAACUUGGACAUCGAGGCGUAUGAUGUUGUGGCUUGCGCAUCGGGCGAUGGGCUACCGCACGAGGUAUUCAACGGCUUGGCAAAGCACAAGAAUGCGAGACGAGCGUUGCGAAAGAUCGCCGUGUGCCAACUUCCUUGUGGGAGUGGCAACGCCCUGAGCUUGAAUACGUUUGGUACAGACUCGCCUUCGCUGGCGGCUGUGGAGAUUGUCAAAGGCAUGAGAACGCCUCUUGAUCUGAUUGCGGUGACACAGGGAACCACUCUGUACUACAGCUUCUUGUCACAGGCGGUCGGGAUUAUCGCGGAGACAGACUUGGGAACAGAAUCAUUGCGCUGGAUGGGACCACUGCGAUUUACCUGGGGCUUCUUGGUUCGCAUGCUGGGCAAGACUAUUUAUCCUGCGGAAGUAUCGAAAGUGGUGCACAUUGAGGAUAAGCGGGAGAUCCGAGAAGCAUACCGCCGCGCUCGCGAGGAGCACGAGGCCGCAAAGGCCAAGCAGCUUCAUCACGAAAGCGAUGAAGAUAGCAUAAUGGCUGGCGAUAACGAGGCGCUUCCUGCUCUCCAGUACGGAACUGUCGCAGAUCCACUGCCGCCAAGUUUCGUUACGCAAGACAUGCCUACGCUGGGUAACUUCUACGUUGGCAAUCUCUGCUAUAUGUCUCCCGACGCGCCUUUCUUCGCGGCGACGCUACCUUCGGAUGGAACAAUGGACAUGAUUACUUGCCCUGGCGAUAUUCCGAGAACCACGGCUCUGCGUAUGCUGACGACCGUGGAGCACGGUACCAUGAUUAACUUCCCCGAAGUAUCGUACCAAAAGGUCCUAGCGUACAGAAUUACACCACGCGUCAACCCAACUCCGCCGCAACGACGUAUACGGGCCAAAUUUGGGCAAUGGCUAGGAGGUGCCGCCGGCCAGAAAGAGGGACUGAUCGCCAUCGAUGGCGAACGCGUUCCUUUCGAGGCCUUCCAGGCGGAAGUUGUUCCUUCACUGGGGAUGACACUGAGCAAGAAUGGAAUCUACGAAUUUGAUGGACCCAAGUCACCUUAG